AUGUCGAAUCUGUCUGGCUCUUCGUUUGUGCUGGGAUCUUCUGACCUUGCGGCUCUGAAGCGUGCCCAGAAUGCUCAUCAAGAGCCAUCGAAAGCCCCGACGGAGCCCGGCACCUUCAAUUCGUCUACUACCGCUUCUGCAGGUCCGUCAAGCUGGCAGACAUGUCACAGAGGAGUAGAAGCACCUGCUGCCUCAUCCAGGGCCCGAAAUGGGAAAUCGUGGACCGCUGAUGAAUUGCUUAUCAUACAAGAAACGAAGGGGAGAUUUGCUGCAAGACUAGCUGCUGAUCAUGCAGCGGUUCUGCAUCCUGACGUCGAUACACCGUUUAUGGAUGUCCAAGACGCGAUGAAUAGGUUGCUUCCAUACCAUAUCUUCCAGCAACCGAAAAACGACCUCGAGUGGGUCAUCAAUGGCGGCAAGGGGAAGCAAAAGGCGGCUCCCGAAGCUGAAUUGUCAGAAACUAGAUUUGCUAUAGAAUGUCACAAGCGACGCAAGGCCCUCAAAGACAAACUCAGGAAGAUCAAGAUUAGAGAGGGCACACGCUCUGCACCUCUGGACCAGGCGUAUGCUCUCGCUCAAGCCGUCUUGGACUCCGAGCGCACCGAGACGGCAUGGCUAAACGCCGAGUUGCGUACUGCUCGGGGAGAGUUAGACAAAAUAGAGCGCGAGAGGCGUGCAGCGAACCCCCCACUGCCCCGCACUUCAUACUACAAUUCGCCUACGAUUCCUUCAUCCACUCUGCAGUCUCAAUGGUACCGCCCAUAUCCUUAUGCAUAUAGUCAGCCGUACACGACAGUUUCCACCCCGAUGAAUAUCACCUACACCACUCCCGUGACAUCUGCUGCCUUCGCUACUCCAGCACCGACGACUGCCGCAGCCGUUACCACACCCGCCACCACAACUACGGCCACGACCACAACCGCCGCUCCAUCUCCUUCGCUGCCGGCAUCCAUUGCGGGAAAGAGUAUACCCGUACAAUUACCAGUUUCAUCGCUACCUGCACUUCAUGCACUAGGUAUCACCCCGGUUCCAGCUGCAUCACUCACGGCUGGACAAGCCCUUCCACCUGCUGUACUACGAAGUUCGGCGGCGAAUGGAACGAUGCUCAACUUAGAGAUCAAUGUCGCAUCGCUGAAAGGUGCCCAAAUCAACGGCCUAGCCCUGAUUUUGAAUUCUCUCAUGACGCGGGGCACAUCAACACAGCCGAGCGUCACGCCUACAGCAACUCCCCUAUCAGCCACUCCUGCCAACGGUACAACUAGUAACGGCUGA